GCUACGGCUUUGAAUAUAAUUCCGGCAGUCACGAAGGGCAAGAAACCGGUUCGUGGGGGAUAAUGUUGAUAACGGUCGGCGAAGCAGCAGCGACUGUCUCUUCUUGGCCGCUUUCUUCUUCCUCUCCAACACCAUCCCCGAAGCGGAGGCGAUGGGCUUGCAGGGCCAGUUUCGGUACCCAAAGGAAGCCCUCCUUGAAGCUGGGUCUCGUGUCUAGCAACAGCUCUGAGGGCGCAGUUUUUGAUCCUUUGGGAAUAGACUCACAUCAUUCCUCUGGGCUGAACUCCACAUGGGAAAGCUUUCUAGAUUUGUUUUCACCAAUAUCUGAGAGCUCCUCGAGCACAAGAAGGGAAAAAACAUCAUCUCGUGGAGUGGCAGCUGCAAUUGAGGAUAGUUCUAUUGAUUUCGGUGAUUUCUUUAAAGGACCAUUGCCUGGGAAAUUCCUGAAGUUGCUGGGAUAUUUGGCCCUAUCCCGACUAGGCAUAUAUGUUCCCCUGGGAGGGGUAAAUCGGGAAGCUUUUGCUGGGAAUUUGGAUCAGAAUAGUUUGUUGAGCACUUUGGAUUCUUUUUCUGGGGGAGGUAUCGGUAGACUUGGUAUUUGCUCCCUUGGUAUUGUUCCCUUUAUCAAUGCGCAAAUUGUGUUUCAGCUUUUGGCACAAAUAUAUCCGAAGUUGCAAGACCUGCAAAAAAGAGAAGGUGAAGCUGGAAGGAAGAAAAUUCUCCAGUAUACUCGAUAUGCUUCAGUCGGGUUUGCCCUAGUACAGGCUAUAGGCCAAGUACUCUUCCUCCGUCCCUAUGUCGAGGACUUCAGCACAGAGUGGGCUGUUUCUUCUGUUACAUUAUUGACACUCGGCUCAGUAUUUACAACAUACAUCGGAGAAAGGAUCUCUGACCUGAAACUUGGAAAUGGCACUUCGCUGUUAAUAUUUACAAGCAUAAUCUCCUACUUACCAGCAUCUUUUGGUCGAACAGUUGCACAAGCUUAUCAGGAUGGCAACUACGUUGGACUUGCUACCAUCAUUUUAUCUUUCGUCCUCUUAGUCCUUGGUAUUGUAUAUGUUCAGGAAGCAGAAAGGAAAAUUCCCCUUAACUAUGCCUCAAGAUACACCAGCAGAAGUGGAGGCCUACAAAAAUCUGCUUACUUACCCUUCAAGGUGAAUAGCUCUGGAGUGAUGCCCAUUAUAUUUUCUACAUCUUCAUUGGCUCUCCCCGGAACCGUUGCACGCUUCACAGGUUUAGCUGUACUGAAGAAAGCUGCCGUGGCUCUCAACCCAGGGGGUUCUCUAUACCUGCCAAGCAACAUACUAUUAAUAGCCUUCUUCAACUACUACUACACUUUCCUACAGUUGGACCCUGAUGAUGUGAGUGAACAGCUGAAACGCCAAGGAGCAUCAAUUCCCCUUGUUCGACCGGGUAAAACUACAGCCGCAUUCAUCAAGACGGUCCUUAGCCGGAUAUCAGUUCUAGGGUCUGCAUUUCUGGCCAUCCUUGCUGCCGGUCCUGCAGUGAUCGAACAAGUCUCGCAUCUCACAGCCUUCCGGGGAUUCGCUGGCACGUCGGUUCUUAUUCUGGUCGGUUGUGCAACCGAUACCGCAAGGAAAGUUCAAGCAGAGAUAAUAUCCCAAAAAUACAAGAACAUAGAGUUCUACGACAUCGACAAGUAUGGCCAAUAGGAACAAUCCCAGCUUCAGGAUAUACAUGUAUAGAUUGUCCUUUCUGGCCUAACUUUUGUUUGUAAAUUUGGUUCAAACAGCGAAUGGCGACGGCUAAGUUGCUGGUUCAGAGAUGUACCUCAAUUACAUGUUUUCUGUAUAAUCUGAUUUUUCUUCUGAA